AGCAUACAUAUAGCAUAGUAUGUAUUGAUUUUAUUUAUAAUUACCACAUGAAUGCAUAACAUUGUGUAUUGACCUAGCUUGAUCGUUUAAAUGGAUUAAUUACAAAAGUCGAGUGAUAUUUAACUACAUUGCGAGAAAUUUUUGUAUAACAUCUACCAUGAUUUGAAAGAAACACACAGUUCAAGCUAACGUCUUCUUCAUCGAAAGUCAAAUCAUACUUUAUGGAAAAGCUAAUAACCAAAGGCUAGUUAGUGUAAGUCAAUUUCAAAGGAUCAAAUAAACCAGGUAACGAUGAGUUUGCAAGAAAAGCCAAUGCUACUUAAUGGAGAAGUGGACAACUCAAAAGAUCAACCAGAAUCACGAUUGUAUAAACGUCGAUGGGUCGUUAUAUUUGUCUUCUCAUUCUAUCUGUCUAGCAAUGCCUUUCAGUGGCUUUCUCUCAACAUAAUAGGUGACGUCAUAUUAACGUUUUAUAACGCGAGUUUACCGGAAGAUGAAUUAAAAAGAGACAUGUCACUUGAUUGGCUGUCUUUGAUUUAUAUGUUGACGUAUGUUACACUUAUUUUCCCCUCCAUGUGGUUUCUACAGAAAAAAGGAUUACGAGUAUCCACUUUGUGUGGGGCAUUUCUAAAUGCUAUUGGAGCUUGGAUAAAGGUAGCAUCUGUGAACUCUGACCGAUUUGGAGUUCUUAUGUUUGGACAAACUAUGUGCGCCAUUGCUCAGGUUUUCACUCUCAGUUUACCAGCAAGAAUAGCAGCAGUUUGGUUCGGUCCUAACGAAGUUUCUACAGCAACGGCUAUUGGGAUUUUUGGUAUCCAGAUUGGUCAUGCUAUGGGGUUUGUAAUACCUCCUAUUAUGGUACCAAACAGUAACAUUAUUGACGAUAUAGGCCAGAACUUAUCAAAAAUGUUUUACAUAAGUGCUGGUGUUUCUACAUUAUAUUUUGUUAUAUUGAUAGCUGUUUUCCGAGAGAAACCACCAUUACCUCCAAGUAAAGCUCAAAAGAAAGUACUAGACUUAACGAAGAAACAGGUGCAUUAUGGGAAAUCACUCCUCAAUUUCCUUAAAAACAGGGAUUUUUGCUUGGUUUGUGUUUCAUUUGCAAUGAACUUGGGUUGCUCCUAUGCCAUAUCAACCUUACUGAAUCCAAUCAUAUUGUUUUACUUCAAGAGUCAUCAGAAAGAUGCAGGAUUUAUCGGUCUUACAAUUAUUUUAUCGGGAGUUGUUGGUUCUAUAUUAUCUGGUUUAUGGUUGGAUCGGACUAAAACAUUUAAAGGAACAACAAUCGGGAUAUAUUUGAUAAGUUGUAUUGGAAUGGUUGUGUAUACAUUUAUUUUAAAACUAAAUCGUUUGUGGCUCGUGUAUGUGUGUGCAGGAUUUCUUGGGUUUUUUCUUACUGGCUACCGCCCUGUAGGAUUUCAGUUAGCCGCUGAGGUUACAUAUCCUGAAUGCGAAGGGACUUCAUCAGGAUUAUUAAAUUUAGCGGCUGAGAUUAUUGGAAUUGCAUCGACUAUUGGGAUGAGAGCACUGAUGACAAACGUCAGUAUAUUUGCCGCUAACACUACUGUAUGUGCUGCACUUCUUGUAGGAACCGUGCUUUCAGCAUUUAUCAGACCAAAUUAUAAAAGACAGGCGGCUGGCAAAGAGAUGCAUUCGACAAUGGAAGUGGAAAUAGCUGUUGAAAUUGAUGAAAAAUCAAAGAUUAAUUUGGAUAAAACAUGAUAAUAAUAAAACUAUUCAAUAUUUGUA